AUGUUCUCCUCCUCCUCCUCCUCCUCCCUCAUCGCUGCCCUCCUCGCUCUCGCCUGCUGCUUGGCCGUGGCCAGCGCCACCGGCGCCACCCACAGCUCCACUUUCUCCGGCGCGGCUCUCCAGGCCAACACGACGGGCGAUCUCUCCGGCGUGUGGUCGGCACUCGACGACAACGGCCAGACCUACACCGCCAAGUUUGUGCAGCAGGGCAACCAGCUGCUGCUGCCCUCGACCAGGUCGAGCGUGCAGUACUCCAUCAAGGCCACUCUCUACGGCGGCUACGGCCUCGGCCAGGGUGCCCUGUGGCAAAUCAACAACCCCAGCGUGUUCUGCUCCUACACGAACGUGGUGGUGGACGUGGUCGACGCGGGCUUCAUGAAGAUCACUUGGUUCCCCGCCCCCGCUGCGAAUGGCUGCAUUGCCUUCGCUGGCGGCUUGACCAAAUACACCCGCCCCUACUGA